AUGAAAUUAUCAGCCCUACUAUUGGAACCAGGGCUGUCUUGGAUGCGAGCAGCUCCUGUUGGCCUCUUCGUUAUUUCAUCCCUCUUUGUUUGUCUUUCAGUCUUGUUUCUCCGGCGGAGUCGGCCAUCCAAACUCAAUCUUCCCGUAUUUGAAGUUCAGGAUGAAGUCGUCAAGACCAUCGAAGAAGCGCAUAAAAAGCAUCCCGAUUCACCCUUUGUACUUUCACUCGUGGGGAUGGAGAUGGUCAUUUUACCCCGAUCCAGCAUCGAUCUGAUCAAAGGUCUCCCAGAGACGCAUGUCUCAAUCAAGAAACACCAUCAUGAUGUCUUUCUCGGCGAAUAUACCUACAUGGGCACAAAAACGGAGGAAUUCGAUGCUGCCAUGCGCUACGACCUCACUCGCAACACACCGACGGUCCUAGCCUCAUUUAAUGCAGAGGUGCGCCACGCACUCGACGACAGCCUUGGUUCUUGCCAGAGCUGGACUUCAUUAAAGCCUCGCGCAGCCAUGUGUCGGGUUACUUCCCUCAUGUCCGGUCGCGCUUUUGUCGGAGUGCCGUUAAGUCACGACGAGGAAUGGGUGGAGGCGACAGUCAAUUACACGGGUAAUGUCACCAAAGCCUGGUUGGUCUUGCGCACAAUAAAUCAGUUCGUCCGGCCAAUUGUUGCUCCAUUCCUGCCGGAGGUCAAAGCACUCAUGCGCAUGCGUGAGAUGACAUCGACUAAAAUGGCGCCGCUGCUGGAGAAGACGGCACGGGGAGAGGGUAAGGGCAAGGACACCGAUACUCCGGGAGGUGAUAUGAUCCGUUGGUUCCAAGGGCGAUACGAAACCAAAGCAUCGCCACGUGAGUUGGCGAGAGAUCAGCUCCUGGCAACCUUUGCCUCAAUCUACAAUCUCUCAAAUGCAUUGACCUAUCUGAUGUUCGACCUCGCGAGUUAUCCGGAAUUCAUCGAACCGCUGCGACAGGAGCUGGACGAGGUCCUUGGUGACCAAGAGACUAUUGAUAAGGACCGUCUGCAGCGACUUAAAAAACUAGACAGCUUUGUGCGAGAAUCCCAACGCCAUAGCCCUCCCUCACUAGCCAAUAUGCCCAGAAUCGUCACCCACCCCAAUGGACUCCGCCUUCCGACGGGCCAUCAUCUACCCCAAGGCACGCGAAUAAUGGUGCGGGCCCACACACUCAACAUGGACCCCGAGUUAUACCCAGAUCCCACGCGAUUCGAUGCGUUCCGGUUCUCCCGACUACGCGAAAUCCCCGGCAGCGAGUUCAAAUACCAACAUGUCACCACAGGGACCGACAACAUCAACUUCGGUCAUGGUAUUUGGGCCUGUCCGGGACGUUUCUUUGCCAGUAGCCAAAUGAAAGUGGUGGUAGCGCAUCUCCUCCGUAAUUAUGACAUCAAACUUCCAGAAGGCAAGCCGAAGCCUAAGCAGCAGCAUUAUGGACUGGCAAUUCUGCCGGAUGCAACUGCUGAAGUUCUUCUGAAAUCACGGACAUAG